AUGAAGAAGGGGAAGAUCUCAGAGGUCGAGCGUUGUACUAUGUUCAUCGGACACUUGUCCAAAGGUAGGCAAAAGAGUAUACUUAGAGAUCUUCCGCGCGACAGGCUUGAUUUUCCAGAAGUCCUAAAGCUCGCGAUAAAGGCAGAGGCAGACGAUUACAAGGACUUGGUGUGGAGAGGGAUGAGGAGACGUGACUUCUCUCUYUACAAGGAGUAUGCCACUGAUAUAUGUCAUGAUUUCAAGGAUUAUCCCUGGUCGGAGAAAAAUGAGGCCGUGGCUGAGGACGUGAAGGAGAUACGGGACAUGGUGAAGGGAUUAACGAGGCAGGUUACAGAGAUUGUGACCGCCACAGGAGCCACGGCCUAUCGGGGCAAACCUGGAGGGCCCUAUUCACUUCGCUGGGACCGUAGGAACAACGAUCCAUGGAGGAGUGUCGAGGAUAGAAAUCCUCGGACGCUGACUGAUUAUCGUACGAGGGGAAGAGAGAGAUACGAUGAAUCAUGGCGACGUAAGGACGAUGAGAUAGACCGAGACCGCAGAGAACGCGAGCUGUUUGUGCGAGCAAGGAGGCUAGAUAAUUACCAGCGAAGCCCCCGCUAUGAGGUCGAUCGGGGUAGAGGCGACUCCCGCGGUCGAUGAGAGACAGAACAGGGCCGACGAGAUGGAUAUAGGGACGACAGAUACGAGAGAUCGGACCGAGAUGGAUAAAGGGACGACAGAUAC